AUGCACAGGCCUGACACAUUUGGUGUGCUGUCAAUCUGUUUACUAUUGAUUUGUAUGACAUGUCAGCUCGAGCAACAGCCAGGCUCCCAUGUGACACCGACACACGAAGGUAACAACACUUGCGUACAGGGCUACUUCGGCAGGGCAUGUGUCAGCAAAUGCCCAAGUCCUUGUUCUCAGACCUGCGACAGUCAUGGCUACUGCACGGCCUGCUCUCGCACAGGGGUCCAACUUCCAAACUGUACUUUACAAUGUCCAAAUGGUUUUUAUGGUCUCCAUUGCCAGAACAGAUGUUCGGAGUGUAGGAACUCAGCGUGUAAUCCACAUUCCGGCGAAUGUAGAAAAUGCAGAUUUCCGGGCCUGCGGCUGCCAUUCUGUACAAACCCGUGUCUUCCUGGAACGUUUGGAAUGGACUGCAAGAAUCGCUGCCCCUUGCCAUGUCGACAGAAGUGUGACAUGAUCACCGGCGAUUGUUUUGAAUGUGAGUACGGACAAGGACCGCGAUGCCAGGUGAACUGUGCAAGCGAAGAUAACAUGGAGGCAUGUAAACGCUACUGUCUGGGCAGAUGUCUUACCUGGUGUAAUUCUUCCAGUGGCAUGUGCUCCAUCUGCGUCCCUGGCUACAAGGCACCUGUCUGUAAAAAUCCUUGUGACGACGGUCGCUUCGGGCACAACUGCGCUGAAAGAUGCUCCGUCCGCUGUAGAGGUGGGCGCUGCGACCCCACCACUGGAGUCUGCUAUGCGUGUAGUGAUGGCUAUGUCGGGCAGAGAUGCAAUGGUCAGUGCAUUCCAGGCUUCUUCGGAGCUGGAUGUACCAGCAGUUGUCCACCAACUUGUGCUGACGGCUUGUGUAACUUCACGUCAGGCGACUGUACCCGGUGUAACCCUGGAUACACGGGUCCAGGCUGCGAUCAGUUUUGUGGGGAAGGUAAGUUCGGAGAGGGCUGCCAGCAGGACUGCCCGAUCGCCUGUGGCGGCAAGUGCGACCCUGUGUCUGGAGAGUGUUGGCGCUGUCUUCCUGGGUAUGUUGGGAUCUUCUGCAACGAAUCCUGCAAACAGGGCACCUACGGACCGGGCUGUGCUAGCCUGUGUCCAGCAGGAUGUCUGCAACGAAUGUGUAAUCACGUGACAGGGGCGUGUAUUGCCUGCCAGGACUACUUACAGGGCAAGCUGUGUGACCAGUCAAAAGUCCCCAGCUCCACACCUGUGCACGUGCUAAUUAUAAUAUCGUUGUCAAUGACUCUUGUAGUCCUGACCUUACUUGUUUCAGUGAUAUGCUUCCGACGAAAAAUGAGGCGCAGUCAAACAGAAACGACAAACAGUGAGGAAAAGACUCAAACCAAAGAGGAAGCAGCUGGUAUCGGGAACAUGAGCGGAAAACUACAAACUGAAGCAGUUAAUCCACAUGAAAGUCCAGCUGCUACAUCCGCAAGCCGAGCGCGGGAUUCACGCGGUAGACUGACCACACGUCCUGCUGCCUUGUUUAUACCUCUGACACAGCAGGUCCACAACCCCACGAUCAAAAAUCCCGUACACUUGUGCUUACGACCUGGUUUACGAUCCAGCAAGGUGCCGACGCCUAGAGAAUUUGAUUCUAAGAGCAGCCAGAACUUAGACAAUCAGUUUGCUCACCUGCUGAAACAGCAAUUGCAAGGAAUCGCAGCACGCCCCUACCCUUCUAGAACAGUCGGCCCUAGAAGAUUAGGAAAAAACCCUGGACAAAUGAGCUGGUAUACAGGAAAAAGCCUUCUUAACAAAGAGUCAAUAACUGAUUUGCCAAAAUUUGGCAAACUGUCAGACAGACGAAGGGAACAUUACGGUUUCUCACCUGAAGGAAGAACAAGUAGUAUGCGAGAAGAGGGUAGCAUAACCACUCCUGGCAGAAAUGAGUUUCGCUCUGACGGAAAGACUGGUCGAGAAACUAAGAUCACUUUGUUUGAGCACACCGAAUGUGUGUCAGGGAAGACGACUGUGUCCACGGCCUGGUCGGUCAAUCUACCGCCAUACACUCCUCUAGUUCCCAGCCGACAAACUCCAGAGCAGGUCAUCGCCCAGUCACGCGACUCUUUCUUAACUGGACGCAUCGUCAGCAGUGCAGACUCCCUGUUUGGACUAGCCUCCGCUGACCUCAGUCGCGAGAUGUCCAACAUGAGCCAGAGAAAGAGUCAGGUGUUAGAAAGGGAACAAACUACACAGCCAAAGGGCGCCCCGCCCUGCCGCCAGGUGGCAACUAACCGCAUCAGAUCCUCGGCCAGUCACGUGUUCUCAGACAAGAAAACUGCCAUCACGCAGAAAAGUACUGUGCUCCGACGACAACCGAGCGUGUACAGUUUACCAGAAACUAUUCUCUCCACACACCUGACCUGCGUGACGCACCCAGUAGAUGUCCACAGCGAUAUACGUAGCAUGGUUCACAGUGAUGGCAGGCUGGCGUGGACUAAACCUGACCUCAAGUCCUGCAUGAGAAACUUGACGACUAAACAUGAGAUCAGCAUUAGUGAUCAACCAGGUAGCGAUGUAGGACAGCCUAGUUCCUUAUCUGAGGCGGCGAGAAUAUCAUGUGUCAGCGAGCGGUCAGCUGUGGUUUCAGAUAGUUCCAAAUCUGCUCGGCGCACUUCCCAUGGAGACAAACCGAGACCCAGUGACCCACAGACGGGCUACACCGGUCUGUUUUAUAGUUGUCUGAAUAAAGUAGAGACAAGAGGUCACAGAGAGCACGGUGCUGUCCCUGGAGAUGAGACCAUCCCGCACUCAGAGACCAACAGCUGGCUGAACUACGAGGAUCAAGAUGACACUGCCACAUGUUGUGAUGUCAGCUCACACAUAAAGGUUCACGAUUCCCGACCCACCUUCGGUGAGGUCGUAGUCCCAGAAACUCUGCCGGUGGCAAGAAGUACUGUCGGCAGCAGCUCUUACCACCGCGUUGCCAACAUGAAUCCAAACGUGACCCCUCCGAAGCAGCUGGGUAAAGCACAAGCUUCACAGGAUGAAGACACACAGGAUGAUACCAGUGAUGGGCUAUUCUUCCAACAUCGCAGUGAGAAGCUGACAACAAUGCCAUUCACUGAUCGAGAGGCAGCAGAGGAUAAGGCUGUCCAGGCGCGUGAUGAUCUGUUUGUCCAUUUAGCGCCGGCGAAGCUGGGAGUUGGCUCCAAAAGGACCAAUAGGUCAGGUCUGCCUGGAGACAAUGCCAGCCCUAAACUGAUGCGCUGCUCCACCACACGUCAGGUGUCACCCAUGUACUCAUACAACACAUCGCAGAUGGUUAACCGACUACAGCCUCUACCCACGCCACCACCAGAAGGUAUCAAAGCCUUGCGACCAGUCAGGAAACGGUCCAUGUCAUCUUCAAGCUCGGAAUCUCAGGUGCUCGACACUGAUACGACCAACGAAAAACACCACAGUUAA